AGCCUAACCGCGUCACCGGACUACCGCUUGUCCUGCACUUGUCCAAGCCCCCUCUUUCUCCGGAGGAAAAGAAAUGGUUUCAGCCUCACUAUUUGCUCUCAGAAGAGCCGCGGCGGCCAAGCCUCUCUUCUUCAACCGCCUACGCUCUGCGUCCGCGCUGCUCAACUCACCCGGUGGUGCUCGUUCCUUCGCUACCGACACUCAGCUCACAAGGCACGACGACUACGACGACGGCGGAGUAGACGUUGAUCGCCGUUCCGUCUCUCGCCGCCGCGACUCUAUUCCCUCCUUGUUCUCAGGUAUUGCAGAUGCGUUCGAUCCAUUCUCGCCGACAAGGAGCCUGAGCCAGGUGCUGAACCUAGUGGACCAACUCAUGGAUUCUCCUUUAAGAGGAAUGAGCGGCGGACCGAGGAGAGGAUGGGACGUGAAGGAAGAAGAUGACGCUCUGUAUCUGCGAGUGGACAUGCCCGGCCUCGGCAAGGAAAAUGUGAAGGUCUCCGUCGAGCAGAACACUCUGAUCAUCAAAGGUGAAGGCGAGAAGGAAUCGGAGGCCGAGGAGUUCGGGCCAAGAUACUCUAGCAGACUCGAUCUCCCUCCUGAUCUCUACCAGAUCGACCAAAUCAAAGCCGAGAUGAAGAACGGCGUCCUCAAGGUUGUUGUUCCCAAGGUGAGGGAGGGUGAGAGGAAGGACGCCAUUCAGGUCAAGGUGGAUUGAAAAUUCCCCGUGUCGUUAGAAUCUAUUACGGAAUUCAGCCCUGUUUUGUAGUGUUCAUUGGGAGAAACAGUAUACUGUUAUGUUACUCAGGUUUGUAGUUGUGGAAUGAUGAAUAAAAUGUACCGACUAGUGAAAGCUUUGAUGAAUAUUAACCAUUGAAAGAAA